AUGGCCACACUCAAGCAAAACGAAGCAAAAGAUUCUUCCUUGCAGGAAAAUUCACCAGGCGGGGGAAUUGGACUUGAAAUCUUGCAAAUCAUAAAAGAGUCCCAGCAGCUGCAUGGUCUCAGACAUGGAGACUACCAAAGAUACAGGGGCUACUGUUCUCGUAGACUGCGUCGUCUACGCAAGACUCUUGGAUUCAAGAUGGGCAACCGGCACAAGUUCGUUGGAAAGAAAAUAACUGCUGAAAUGCUUUCAGACAACAGUUUGUUCUACCAUUUUAGGUACUUGCUACUGGUUUUGAUGGAAGCGGAGCGUGCAUGGAGUUAUGCCAUGCAAUUGAAGCAGGAGGCCAACACGGAGCCACGUAAGCGUUUCCACCUGCUGGCCCGGCUCCGUAAAGCCGCCAAGCACAGUGAAAAGCUGGAGAAGCUGUGUGAGAGCCCAUCGGUUGAUGCCAAGACUAAACUGGAAGCACAGGCCUACACCGCAUACCUGACUGGGAUGGUAGAGUUUGAACUGCAGGAGUGGAAGCGUGCCAUGGAGGCCUUCAACAAGUGCAAGACCAUCUAUGAGAAGCUGGCGAGUGCAUUCACUGAGGAACUGGAAGUGCUGUAUCGCCAGCGUGUGGAUGAGAUAUCGCCUAACAUUCGAUACUGUGCUUACAAUAUAGGUGACCAGAAUGCCAUCAAUGACUUGAUGCAGAUGAGACUUACAGGAGGAGGUGGAGGCAUGAUGGCGGAGAAGCUAGAAAGCCUCAUCACUCAGGCAAGAACCAAGCAGGCAGCUACCAUGAGUGAAGUGGAGUGGCGUGGAAGGAGUGUGCCUGUUAAGAUUGACAAGGCCCGCAUCUUUCUGUUGGGUCUCGCUGACAAUGAGGCUGCCAUUGCUCAGGCAGCUAAUGAAGAUACCAAAGAGCAUUUGUAUGAGACUCUGCUGGCCGAGUGCCGCGACACCAUCCAAGCGGUGCGAGAAGAGCUCAAGACCGAGGGGAAGCAGCGAGAGAGGGGCUCUGAUGCAGAGAAUUGCAAAGUGUCCAACAUGCAGUUCCUGCACAGCUACCUGAGUUACAUCAAGCUUUGCACGUUGGUGAAGAGGAACGAGAGCAUGGCGCACACGCUGCAGGCCAAGUUGAAGGAGCCUGAAGGGGAUGAGAACCGGAGGGGGCCCCGACCACAGGACCUCAUCCGCCUAUAUGACAUCAUUCUGCAGAGUUUGGCUGAACUCUCUUCCCUGCAAGGCCUGGAGGACGACCACACCUUCCAGAAAGAGGUGUCCCUUAAAACACUGGCUUACAAAGCCUACAGGUGUUUUUAUAUUGCCCAGUCUUAUGUUCUGGUGAAAAAGUGGAGUGAGGCUCUCGUGCUCUAUGAGAGGGUGCUCAAGUAUGCCAAAGAGGUGCAGUCUAAGGCCAAGAGCAUGAACAAUAGCCUUAAGGAUCUCCCCGAUGUUCAGGAGCUCAUUGCAAAAGUCAAUGCAGAAAAAUAUUCCCUUCAAGCAGCCGCCAUUUUAGACACUGGUGAGACCGUUGACGUUGCCACUCCACAGCCUGUCAAAGACAACAGGCCUCUGUGCGACCGCUUGGAAACAUUCCGCCUUGACCCGUCCCUUGUGGGGAAGCAUCCCAAUCUGGUCCACUUCCCGCCCGACUUUCAGCCCAUCCCAUGCAAGCCUCUGUUCUUUGAUCUGGCUCUCAACCACGUGGCCUUCCCGGCCCUGGAUGACAAGGUGGAGCAGAAAGUGAAGGGCGGUCUGACCGGCUACAUCAAGGGCAUCUUUGGAUUCGGCAGCUAA